AUGAGUUUCAAAGGGUUCACUAAAGCUGUCACUAGAGCUCCUCAAAACUUCCGCCAGAAAUUCAAUAUGGGACAACAGACAGAGGAUGCAGUCUACGAAGAUGCGGAAAGACGGUUCAAAGAGCUGGAAGGUGAGACGAAAAAACUGAGCGACGAGUCGAAGCGGUAUUUCACAGCUGUCAAUGGCAUGCUGAACCAUCAAAUAGGGUUUGCCAAGGCCAUGGAGGAGGUAUUCAAGCCCAUAAGUGGGAAAGUGAGUGAUCCCAAUGCUACGAUUCCAGAAGACAAUCCAGAAGGUAUUGAGGCUAGCGAACAGUACCGAGAGCUGGUCGCGGAGUUGCAAGUGACGCUAAAGCCAGACCUGGAGCUUAUCGACGAGAAAAUAGUUAAACCAUCGCAGGAACUACUCAAGGUCAUCGACUAUAUCCGGAAAAUGGCCACCAAGCGAAACCACAAGAAAUUGGAUCUCGAUCGCCAUCUGAACACCUACACCAAGUACGAGACUAAGAAGGAGCCUACCCCCAAGGACGAGGAAAAACUGUACAAGGCUCAGGCGCAAAUGGAGGUGGCCCAGCAGGAGUACGACUACUACAACGACAUGUUGAAAAACGAGCUUCCCGUGCUGUUCGAGCUGGAGGCUGAAUUUGUUAAGCCGCUGUUUGUGUCCUUCUACUACAUGCAGCUCAACAUUUUCUACAGCUUGUACAACCGCAUGCAAGACAUGAAAAUCCCAUAUUUCGACCUGGAAACCGACAUUUUGGAGGCGUACACGGCGAAAAGGGGCAAUAUCGAAGAGCAGACGGACUCGUUGACCAUUACCCGUUUCAAAGUCGGCUACGGCAAAGCCAAGCUAGAGAUGACCCGCAAACGUUACGGCGUUCAGUCGCCCACCAGUCCCGGGUCGCCUGUCACACCUCAGACUCCGCAGUACGACGUGCCAGCCGGCACUGCACCCGGUGCCGCUUUCGCUACCCCUGGAGGCUACAAUCCGCCUCCGUACGCUACGGGCCAGCAACAGCAGCAACAGCAGGCCUACCCUGUUGAAAAGGCCGCUUACGUACCUGCAGGCGUACCACAGCCAGCCUCUUAUGCCGCAUACACACCGCCCGCCACGGCACCUGUUCCUGCUGCAGAAACCGUCACCGCUCUUUACGAUUACCAAGCCCAGGCAGAAGGCGACUUAAGUUUCCCUGCCGGGGCCGUCAUACAAGUCGUGGACCGUACCGAUUCUACCGAGGGAUGGUGGACAGGACUCUACAACGGACACCAGGGUGUGUUCCCAGCCAACUACGUGCAAUUGAACCCAUGA